GAUGAAGUGCGCUACAACGUUACCAUUUUUACUUUUUGUACUCUCCGGGCAAUUAUUAAUAGACCUCAGCGAAGCUCAUUCUUACUCGUUGAUCAAUCCCUUUCAACGAAAUCCUUACAGACAUCCGAGGAGCUGCUGCAGACACUCUAAUUGCGGCUGCGGCAAACUUGCAACCCAUAAGCAAUAUUAUGUGCCGGUACCACAACCAGCCCCUUGCAGGGUUGUAAAGUCUCUAAAGCCACAACAAUUUACCGAAGUCGUAUACAUCGACGAUAAGAGCACUUGUUGCAACCAAAAUCCAGCAGACUGCAGUACUUGCCAAGUUCAACCCUGUCCUUGCGCAACCAAGUCAUGCCGACAAACCGGUAACAUUUGCGCUGGUAAAUGUAAUCCUACAGCUUGCGAUGUUUGUCAGCCAGAGCCAACGAUUUGCUCGAAUCAAGGCCUAUCGACUUGUGGGUGCGAAUGUCAUCAGGGUAAUCGAAUGGUCAGACGAUCUGUAGAUUAUGUUAAAGAUGAAGAGCAAGAUGCCAUACCAGACCCAAAACGUUUGUACGUGGUCUACGAUUCCGAAUCAUCGAAAGCAGAAGAAAUGCCCUCGGAAAAAUUUGUGCAAAAACGCAGUGAAGAAGCCCCCGUACAGUUUUUUGAGGAAAGAGCGGAGCAACCACGGCCCGUUUAUCAGCAUCAACAACUUCAAAAUUCCCAGUCGCCGCUGAAAGUGCGACGAAUUUUGCAAGUAGUUCAGCCAGGCGAUUCCGAAUAUCAGGAAGUAGUCGAAGCAUACGAGGAGUCCAGCGAUGCCGAUAGUAGUCAGGUUACCGAGAUCAAACCCGCAGCAUACAAAUUGGUCUUGAGAAAUGCCAACGGGGACGAUAUUUUGGUCGACGCUGACAGCGCAAUUGUCGAGGACGAACCCGAACAAAAGGAGAUUCAGGACAUGACAAUGGCAACCCCGUCGAUGGUACGCGUUCAAAAAGUUGAAGUGCCAGCAACGAGCACCGCCGCAACGACGUCCGAAGAAACAACGACGCGAACGGCAUAAAGUUAUAUUAAAUUGUUAUCAUUCUUUGAAUUUAUUUCGCAAAUUUUUAUUAAAAUAAUAUAAUGUUUCAUGCGGAAUAUCUAUAUGUGAAAGCUAUAUCAUUUGUAAAUGAAUAUUAAUAUAUUUUUAUAUUAUUGAUAUAA